AUGCAUCUCGCCAUCAUUUACAUUUUUCUAUUAGUUGGAGUUCUUUGCCAGCAUGACCAACAUUUAUAUGAUUUGCCCCCAAUGUCCUACGUGGGCUGCGUCAUUCCGACAACCCUGUCUGACUUAGAAGGGGCCCUGGAGAGCAAGUUCAACGGACCCGAGGGGUGCCAGAAAGCAUGUCUCUCGAGAAACAGAGAAUACGCAUUGCUCAACAACAGGGAUUGUUUCUGUUCGAGAAGAAACGUCGAAGUUCUUUUUCGUGGCCGUAACGAGGCCGCCUGCGACUUCGUAUGCGCCGAACCACCUCCAUCCGGCCUCCCCCAUGCAAGAUGUGGUGGGUAUGUCGGCACUGUUCGGUAUUUCAGCGCUUACCGAUGGCAAGUCGUACAAAACACACCGCGCCCACAUUCAUCUUCAAGACAACUUCACGCCCAGGUCACUGUUCUCGGCCUUGCCGUAGCUUUCUGUUUAACCGCCCAGCUUUUCUUCUAG